AUGCAGCGAUCAACACUUCAGGCACAAGAUGACGCUGACACAGAAAUCUUGGACUUUCUGCAAAUGAUUGAUGAUUCUGAAAACAAAACAUUCGAUCCAUCAACAUACUUCCAGUUCAAAGAAGAAAAAGAUUGGGACACAUCUAAUGAAGCAAUUGAAAAUGAGACAAAUGAGAUUUAUCAAAAUCUUAUGAACAUUCGUUUUGAUUCUUUAGAAUUAUCGUUAGGCAGAGCUACAUUGCAUGAAAGAUUGGAUUUGGAUGAUCUUUUUUUA